UUCACUGCUAAAAGACGCGGCAUCAUUGACAAAAUGGUGGCUGGUUAUCGUAGAUCUCUUUCCUUCCCAAAUCAGCCUAGCUAUUCAACAAAAUCCAAAAAAACCUUCCAUGUUAGAUCAGCAAGUCUUCCAUGCAGAACCCACCCCAUAAUUUCUCAGCUCAAGGAUGAAAUCAAUGAGCUUAAAUCAUGGGGUUCGAAAUCCGAUAACCGGACAUCUGUUUGGCUAUGUAAUGGCCUGAACAGGGUGAAAGUUGUUCAUGAAUCCCUCGAUGAUCUUCUCCAGCUUCCACUGACUCAGGAAUCACUCUCUGAUCAGAUGAUUGAAAAGCUUCUGGAAGACUUUCUUCGAUUUGUCGACGUUUAUGGAAUCUUCCAAAUGCUGAUUUUGACGUUGAAAGAAGAAUUCAUGGCGGCUCAGGUGGCUGUAAGAAGAAGAGAUGAAUCCAAAAUGGCUAUCCAUUUGAAAAAUCUAAACAAAACGGCUAAAGAUAUGAGCAAAUUGGUAUCUACUGUCCAAUCCAUUGGAAAAUACUCAAUCCCUGAUAAUGGGACUGAGAUUACUGACAUCAUUAGAGAUGUUAUUCAGGUUACAGUGCUGGUUUCUGUCGAACUUUUAGGUCGACUUUCGACAUCAUUUUCAUUCCAGAAACCAUCUUGCAUGGGGCUAAACUUCGGCAAGAAGGCAAAAAAAGUGAAGAUGGAUGAAGCCAUUGAAGAAUUUGAGAAACUAAAUAUUGAGAACUUGUGGGGUUUGAAGAAGAAAGGAGAUGCAGAGGUGAAAAUGGCGUCCAAGAAACUGCAUCAAUUGGAGGAUUCUAUUGUUGAAAUUGAGGGCUGUGGAGAAAGAACUUUUAGGAGUUUGAUGAAUACUAGGGUUUCGCUGCUAAAUGUUCUUACUCAAUAACCAGGAAGAAAAGUCGACGUUGAAGAAUACAAAAGAUUUACUACAUUUUCUUUUCUCAUAUUAUUAUUAUUAUUAUUUUUUUUGGAAUUUUUUAAUCAUAUUUUAUUCUUUUGUGAAAGAGUAGCGAUAAAAAGGAAGUGAAUAUUAUACAACAAAAAAAGAAAAGAAAAAGGAAUUUACAUAUUGUACAGUAUGUUGGUUUACAGUGAAAAUAAUUAUAUAAUUUCAGUCUGUCACUUGAUAUUUUAGUUUGUAAUUA